AUGGUUGAGGUAAAAGACUUGAGAGACUUGCUGCCAAAAAAGAUUGACAAGGAAAUUGUAACUUCUUACAAGGAAGACUUAGAAACCGAGAAGGCCGUUUUCGAUGAGGGUCAGGUUCAAAGCCACGGUUUCGAAGCCAGGAUCGAUCGCAUCCUGAACGCGCGAUGCGACGCCAAGAUUGCCGAGAUUUCUUUUGCAGCUGGGCAGGAAGACAAGGUUUGUCUCUACAAUUCAAAGAUCACAGAGUUGACUGCGCUCGAUGGGCUCUUCAGAGGCGCGCGGCUUUUAAAUCGGAUCAUUGGCCAGAUACUCAACUUCGUUGCAGAGGGCGUGGAAAAUGAAAUCUUCGACUUUAGUACUAAUGCGGGUGUAGACUUCUUCGAGAAUCUCUACUAUGCUUGUUACCACCACCACCAUAAGCAAGGUGAAGUACAGGAACAGAAGUCCGUCUUCAAGAACGGCGAGCAUCUAUCCACUCGCGAGAGGGGAAAGAUUGUCAAUCAAUCGGAAAGCAUCGACAUUCAACAGAGAUCUCGUGAGACUGCCAAAGGCUUCGUCAAGAAAGAGCAGAAUCGGUACUCGGGACUGGUCAGAUAUACUGUCGCCAUUUUCAGGGAGAGAGAUCUUCCACCUACAGCCCGGGUCUUGGAACCUGUCCCGACGCCACCCCCAGCUGAUCAUCUGUUGCGGCCUAAGCGGUCACUAUUUUGGACCGGUCUGGAGUUAGCGGCUGCCGAAAAAUAUCUCGUCAGCUCGUCGGGCUCUUUCAUACCCAACUGGAAAACCGACAGAGAAUACGAUCAGAAGUCGACAAGAUAUCUCGACGUGCUCGAAGAUUUCUUCAUAUCCCCGGACGUCUUUCCCGACUUCGGCCUGAGUGGGGACACAUGGAGUCUCAGAGAAUUUAUUACUGCGGUAAACAACCAUCUCUACGCCCCCGUUCCAGAAAUAGUUCUUGAAGCGUUUGUUACGUACUGUCAUCAUACUAGUCAGCUGUUCUACAUCGGUGCCCAGUCCCGAAGGAUCGCACCAAUCACCCGAAAGUACGGAUGGGUCAACUGCCAUGAGGAACCCGUCGGCGGUCCUCGGAGGAAAGUGACCUAUGAUUCGAAGAAGAAACCCAAAGGACUCGCGGACCUCGAGGAACUGGUGCUUCAGAGCCUCCAAAUCGACCCCACAAAGGCACCGUUGUAUCUCGCGUCGGCUAUGCUGGGGGCAAUCAAUGCCUGGAAGAAGCCAAAGAUCCUCGGCUUCGUACCCAAAUCGAAAAUGGACCUAGCGACCUACCAGAAGCAUCUGCGGUACUGGUCUGCAGCAGGAUCCUUCUUCGUCUAUCGCACCAUCCACGACGACAAGAUUCUCAUCCGAGUCAACAACGGAUGGCCCGUGCCUCUCAGAGGCCCGCCCCCCGCCCCCCGCGCCCCCCCCUCUGACUCCCGCCAUGAUCGAAACACCGCCGCGCCUCCUCUCCCGCAUCGCACGCGAUGUCCUCAGCCGGCGAAGCAAGCAAUAUCGCCAACGCCCUGCCGAGGCCGAGCUUCCACGCGGACGCCAUCCCGGAAUGGCAACUGUACGUACGACCUGAUAUACAACCCCACCCCCACCAAGCAGAGCCGUAGCCGUGGCGUAAGCUGGAAGGGUCUCGAGACGGAGACGGUCGUCCCACCUCUUCCUGAGGCGUUUGUUGCACGACGGCAGGGACACUGUUCGGGUAAGGGAAGAGCUUUCCGCGGUGCUUUUUUCCUGGCUUGGGUCCCCGUGCUUGCCUGCUCUCGCGGAUCCCGUUCCGUUCGGGAUUGUGCCGUUGGCUAUAACGCGUUUUCGUGGGUAGGCUGGACCGCAAUGGGGCGGUCGUGGUAUCGUCGGGUGAUUUGA